CAAACCGUCAUCCCCGUUCGUCGCAAAGAGAGAAACCCCCCGCACGAAGCAAAGAAGCCGCAACCGCAAGCCCCAAGAGCGAAACCGUAACGAAGGGAAAGUUUGGGAUGCGCGUUGCUGCGACGACGCGGCCCGCCUCCUCCUCCGCCGCCGCUCCGCUCCCCCUCUUCCUCCUCCUCGCCGUCGCCGCCGCCGCCGCCGCCCUGUUCCUCGUCGGCUCCGCGUCCCUCGCCAUGGCCGGCCACGUCCUCGGCGGCGCGCACGACGCCCCCUCCGCCGCCAACAGCGUCGAGACCGACGCGCUCGCCCGCUUCGCCGUCGACGAGCACAACAAGCGCGAGAACGCGCUGCUGGAGUUCGUGCGGGUGGUGGAGGCGAAGGAGCAGGUGGUGGCCGGCACGCUGCACCACCUCACGCUCGAGGCCCUCGAGGCGGGGAGGAAGAAGGUGUACGAGGCCAAGGUCUGGGUCAAGCCGUGGCUCGAUUUCAAGGAGCUCCAGGAGUUCCGCAACACUGGGGAUGCAACCACCUUCACCAACGCCGACCUCGGCGCCAAGAAAGGUGGACAUGAGCCUGGGUGGCGUGAUGUUCCAGUACAUGAUCCUGUAGUCAAAGAUGCUGCAGACCAUGCUGUGAAAUCAAUCCAGCAGAGGUCAAACUCCCUGUUUCCAUAUGAACUUCUCGAGAUCGUUCGUGCAAAGGCAGAGGUUGUUGAAGACUUCGCAAAGUUUGACAUUCUGAUGAAACUUAAGAGGGGAAACAAGGAGGAGAAGUUCAAAGCCGAGGUCCACAAGAACCUUGAAGGGGCAUUUGUACUGAACCAGAUGCAACAAGAGCAUGAUGAAUCGAGCAGCCAGUGAACCUUGCCACAUUAAGCUGUAGUUAUGUAGUUUGUGUUCAAUAAGAAAACAGUGAACAUGCACCCUUCCGUUUCUAUCGGGACAUAGGCUGGAACUUGUUCCUAACAUCGAUGAAAAGAAGACACUACACUAUCCUUUUGUUCCUGUUGCUCUUAGUGUGAUAAUACGAUACUGGUCGUGUAACUUCUCAAGGGAACCGUGGGUCUAUGCCAUACAGCUUGUGAAUGUGAAAUCCUAUGUUGAUACUUCUCAAGUCACCACUCUUUGGUUGCUUAACAUGCCAAAUGUACUUGCAUGAAUAUUCAACAUGUUA